GGGCUGAGGCGGGGCCGGCGGCAGCGCAGAGGAGGGGGAGGCAGCGCCGGGAAGGUCUCACUAGCCCGGCCGAGGCUUAUUUGUCUGCUGUCAAUUUGGACAUUUUCUUGGUGAGAAGUAACAGGACCUGAGUGAGGAAAGAGUGGCCUGAGGGGGAUAAUGAAACCCUGCCACACAUCUUCCAAUAAAAUGGGGAAACCAAGUGGUGGGAAAUCAGCAAAAAAUCCUUCUAAAUCAAAAAAUCAGCAAGUGCCUUCUAGCAAAAAAAAGGGAGCAGAUGAACAAGGAAGAAAACAAGGUCAAAAAAGACAGCAGGUCCCUCAGACAGGCAAAAGGGGAGUUAAGGAACUGAAGGACUCUUCCCCUGCAGGAGAAAAUGGUUCUUCAAAAAAGGUGAAGCUGUCCAGUGCUGCAGUAAGAUCUUGGCAGCCUCUCUCAGACAACAGUAGGCUGUUCCUGGAAAAUAUAGUGGAUUCAGUAGUACUAUCUGUUUUGUCCCAACAGAGGGAGGGAAAGGAUGAUGUUCAGAAGCACCUCAAUGUACUGAAAAACAGGGUACUGAGAAGUUUCAAGACUUUAAAUGUGCCUCCAGGGAAGCUGGGCAACCUGAAGAAUAUCCUGGGCCUUCAAAUGGCAGAGAAACAAAUGCUUGAGACAAAUGAGGAGUCUUUGGAACAUCUGCAGGAAGAAAUAAAUGAAGCAGAGCGAUCAGCGGAGCGCAUUGAGGAAAACAUACAGCAGCUGCAGUACAAAAUCAAGGUGCUCAAAAACCAGUUAGAGGAAGAUGAAAAAGGUGCCAGGAAGGUAUUCCAGGAAAAUAUCAGUGGAACACUCCAGCUUCCAGAACUCCCCAAGCGCAGUUUGCAGGCACCCACUUUGCAGGAGGAAAUUUUGAAGGUAAAGAAUCAGAAGGACCUUUUAAAGGAUAUGAAUGCUAUUCAGCAGUCACUUGACUUGAAGAACUUGUUAACCCUUGUUGAAAAGAGCUAUGAGAAGGUGGAUUUGCUUUGAGAAGCCAAAAUAUGUGGAGUCUCCAUCCUGAGUUUGCUUUCUUCCUAAUGGCCUUCCUGUUGUGACUGCUGCAUUUCUGUUGAAACAUUUUCUAUUAACAUUGGUAUAUAAAUGUGUAGAUACAUUUUGGGACUCAAGUGAUUUAAGUCAUCUGCCAAGGUUUUUUGGGGUUUUUUUGAACUGUGAUGAUUUCUAAUGAUGAUAUAUCCUGUCAUAGGAAAA